AUGGAUGCAACAUCUAAUUCAGUUUUGAGUCCAUUGCAGAAGGAAAUAAUUUCUGGAUUGACUGCGGGAACAAUAACCACUAUUGUAACUCAUCCACUAGACUUGAUCAAAUUGAGGCUUCAGUUAGCUGCUAUUGACCUCAAACCGUCAAGCUAUUACAAUCAAGUUCAGCGUAUCAUUAAAGAUGGUUCUGGUACUCAACAAUUACUUAAAGAGGCAUACCGUGGAUUAGGAAUCAAUAUUAUCGGAAAUGCAGUUGCAUGGGGACUGUAUUUUGGAUUAUAUCGUUGCUCCAAAGAUGUCGUUUACAGUUUGUCAUCUGAGCCAGCCUUACAAAAUAAAUUCAUGAACGAUAGGAAAAUGACCUCAUCGAUGUAUCUGGUUUCUGCUGGCGCCAGUGGAUUAGCAACUGCGCUGUUGACUAACCCUAUGUGGGUUAUUAAGACUAGAAUUAUGUCUACCAAAUCGAGUCAAGGAUACACAUCGAUACUAAAUGCCAUUACUAGAAUUUAUACAGAAGAAGGGUUAAAAACAUUUUGGAGAGGUUUAGUACCGUCCUUAUUUGGUGUAACUCAAGGUGCAUUGUAUUUUGCAAUAUAUGAUACAUUGAAACUAAAAUAUUUACAUGAUAGAAAUGAUAUACAGGAAAGGAGGUUAAAUGCGGUAGAAACCAUAGGCAUAAUAUCACUUUCAAAAAUGAUUUCUGUCAGUUCUGUGUAUCCGUUGCAAUUAUUAAAGACUAAUUUACAAACCUUCAGAACUGAACAUAAUGAAAACAGUAAAAUGAAUUCUCUAAUACGAUCUAUCUGGCAUACUAAUGGUAUUGCAGGAUUUUAUAAGGGUUUGUUUGCAAACUUAGUACGAGCCAUUCCAUCUACCUGCAUAACAUUCGGAGUUUAUGAACAUUUUAAGCAUAUUUCAUGA